CCGAGCACACGGUCCCUCUUGCAAAAUCUUCCGCAUGUUUUUAGAUUGUGUUCGUUUCUCCUCCUGGACGGAAAGAGCUGAUCUCAGCAUGGAGCUUCCAUCUUUACUUCGUGACCUUCAUCUCUCCUCCUCCUCCUCCUCCUCCUCCUCAGAGAAGCCUCUCCCAUCUCCCUCCUAUCCUCCAAUCACAGAGCUCCUGUCUCGGUUGCAGGAGAAGCUGAUUGGAGCGUCCUCCGACUCUGAAUCAAGCUCUCUGAUUGGCCGUGUGGAACGGCUAUUCCAAACAGCAGAUCCCCAUUGGCUGUUCUCAGCCAAUCAGGACGAGGAAGGGUGGGCGGAGCUUUGGAUGAUGUACCGGGCCCUAAUCAGCGCUCUGAUUGGCUGUGCAUCUCUGCCACUGUGCGAGGAUGACUGCGGCUCUCUGCCGGCCUCGGCCUAUCAGAGUGUCCCGAGCCGAGCCGUAGCAGUAUCCUCCGCCCUCACGGCGCUGCUAGGAACUCUGGGGAACGCAGGCUGCGGGACCGGUCUGCUGAUGGCCGUCGCUGCUCCUGUGUGUGUGUUUGCAGUCACUCACUUCCAGGAUCAGGCCUGGACUAGCUCCUCCUCCAGGGCGGCGGCUCAGAGCCUGCAGGAGGCGCUGCUGAGGGUGGGGGGCUGGAGGGACUCCUCCCACCUCCUGAUGGGGGAUGGGAGGAGGGAUGGAGAGGAGAUGGGGAGGAGGAAAGAACUUCUGGGAGGAAUCCUGGACGUCCUGCAGCCUCAACUGACCAAGGACUCGUGGCACCGCUGUGAAGCAGUGAAGUUGGUGUUUGCGUGGACGCUCCUGCAGGUGACUCGCCCCUCUCUCUCCCCUCACCUGUCCCGCCUCCUUCCCCCCUCCCUCCUCCUCAACGACCACUACAGACCAGAGAACUGCAUCCUGGGAGUUCGCUGCCUGCACCACAUCGUGCUCAACACGCCUGCUGCAGAUCUGCGUCAGUUUAACAGAGCAGAAGUUCUCUACCAGGCUUUAUUCAAACACCUGUACACCUCAGAAACUGCUGUCAUCCAGCCGGUCCUGUCCUGUCUCUUGGACCUGUUGGUGGUCUUGGAGAGGCCCCCCUCGUCUCUCAGCCCCUCGUCUUCCCGCAGGACGCGCUGUCUCCAUGAUUCCGUCCUGCGUCUGGUCCUGACUCACAUGGAGGCGGAGCAGAAGAUGGAGCUGAGACGCGUCUACGCCUCCGCUCUUCCUCCGCUGAUCGACAGGAUGGGCGUGGCGGUUUGCAGACACCUGCGGCAGGUGGAGCUGGUGGUGCUGGGAUACCUGGAGGUCAGAGACCCACCUGAAGAGACGAGUCGCCUCAAGGUCCUGGAGGUCCUGCAGAUCACAACCAGAGCAGCCUGGCCCCGGAUAGCGUGCCGCGUUGACGCGUUGCUGCGAUGCCUGUUGAGGUUGCUAGUUGCCGUCUCCUCAGACGCUGAGCUCAGCGUCUCCGUGAGACAGACGAUGAUGAACCAAACGUGUCUCUGUCUCAGGCUGCUGGACGGCUGUUGUCACGGAGACCUGCAGCGUGUCCUCCAGCAGGUGGACAGCGGCUGCUGCAGCGCGGAGGUGCUAAGCUGCCUAGCAACAGUGACUUCUACUUCCUGCCGGAGACCAGACAAACAGGAAGUGGAGACUUCUCUGGGACGAUGUCCAGCGGCGGAUUAGGAUCUGACACACAAGUUAUGUAUAAAAUAUGUGGUUGUCGAGGUAACGGCUGUGUAUUAUGGGCUGUUUACCAUCUGAUGUUGUACAAGGUAAAACUUAUUAAACAUUUUUUUUAAUUCAG